UAAAUUGCUGUUUAUUUAUUUUAGCUGCAACCACGUUGGUUGAUCGUUCACCGCGAGUUAAGUUCAACCCGUUCAGUUUCUAUUAAACUAAACUCCCAAAACAUUACCAUGGGACGUGUUUCAAGGAAAAAUAAGGCAUCAUGGAGAAAAAACGUUGAUAUUACUGAUGUUGAAACGUUCUUGGAAGAACAAAGACAAAAUGAUCGCAUUGGAAACAUCGAACAGAAACCUGAUUCUGAGCUUUUUUCUAAGGAAGGUGCUAAUUUCGAACAAACGGCGUUGAAAACCUCUAGAAAGAAACGUUUUCAUGAGUCUCCCAAAUUUUGUUGGCCUCUACAAAACUCUUCUAAAGUGCCAGAUCCAAUUGUUAAAAGAAACAUUAAGAAGAAAAUAUCGAACCCAAGUAGUCGUCCGGUUAAAACAAUCACUACUAUUAAACCGAAAAUUCCGAAAACAAGAUCGUUUAAUGUCGACAUCUGGAAAAAUGAUACGGUUCCGAUCGCAUUGAAAAACGAAUGGUACAACGAAAGCACUGUACUGCAUAACCUGAAGCAUACGGGAAAACCAAUCGUCAAAGUAGCACCGUCAACACAUGCCAAGCCAAAUGCUGUUCCGAACAUAGAAGUGCCUUCGGGUGGCUCCAGCUAUAAUCCUUCAAUCGAUGAUUACAACGAAUUGAAACUUUCAGUUGUGGAAAAAGAACGUAAAUACAUAAAAAAGAUGGAACACCUUGAUCGGGUAGUCACGAACAAGUUCACCAAGUUAUCAAAAGAGGAUCGCGAAGAGAUGAUCUGGAAAGAAAUGUCGGAGGGAUUACGCGACAACGAUGAUGCAUCAGAUAGUGAUACUGAUUGCAGCGAAAAGGAAUAUAGUUCGAUAAACCCACCGGUAAUGAAUAACAAAAAGGACCGCAAGGCUAAAAACAAGAAGCGUGCUGCAAUAUCUAAGCGGAACGCUGAAACCAUCGUUAAAACGGAACUGAAGAAAUUCAAAGAUAUUGCAAGGAUACCGCAGCUGAAAUCGGAACUGGAUAAAAGGCAGUCUAAAAUAAAACAAAAGCGAGAAAAUCGUAGUAAACGAUUGGAGGAGAAGGCUAGAAAUCCUCGCCGAGUAGCCUACCUGCAGUUCGAAGAAGGUGAGGCUGAUUUUGCUGAACCUACAGAGCUUUCGGAUAGUUUGCGGAGAAUGCUGCCGAAUAAAAGUCUGCUGGUGGAUCGUUUUAAAAGCCUCCAAAAGCGAACGUUAAUAGUACCGAAGAAACAUCGAGAUGGAAUACUUCGCACGAACAAAUCCACGCUGAAGAAAUGGAAACGUUACGCUCUACCAAGUCACAAAGAAACAUAAUGAUGGUUAAAGCUUAUAGUUCCCCCAAAUAAAUGUUGAACGGGUAGGCUGAUCAACGAUAUAAUCUGCGCUAGAAAAACGUAAAAUCAACCAAUAACUUGGCUACACCCACACUCAACAAUAGCAUCUAAUAAAUAAAAACUUUCAAUAAAUUUAUAGAAUUGUAAAUUUUAAACCAUUUCAAAACUUUCAUUGCGACGUGUCGGCCAUUCCAAAGCCACGAAGUUCCCUG